AUGGCUGAUCUUCGCUCUCCCUGGGAGCCGCGCGUCUUCCCUUGUUCAGGGUGGGAUAUUAUCGAUGCUUCUACAAAAAUCGAAGAGGAGUCAAUUCCAAACUACAAACCCGAGAAUUUUUAUCCAGUGCACAUCGGUGAGGUCUUCAAUCACCAAUAUCAAGUAGUGGGCAAGUUGGGCUAUGGCUCCAGCGCGACAGUGUGGCUCUGCCGUGACAUGUUCGGCCACCGUUAUGCAGCGUUGAAAAUUUAUACGGCGUCAAAAACAGUGACUCGAGAGCUCGAGAUCUACAACCACCUAAGAACAAUCAAAUCCAGCCAUGCGGGUCAGUCGUGUCUGCGACCGUUGCUUGACGUCUUUCAGGCCCAGAACCCAGAUGGGCGUAGUAUUCACACAUGUCUGGUGCAUCCGCCACUUGGGAUCAGCCUUGAUCAGCUUACUCCGUUACUCCCCGAUAGGGUCAUGAGCAGCGGCAUGAUAAGAACUACCAUGCGGAAUAUCCUUGCUGCUUUAGAUUUCCUCCACACGGAGGCAAGGCCAAACAAUAUCCUUCUUGGCAUCAAAGACGACUCGAUUCUAUCCCAAUUCGAACAGGCAGAAUUUGAGGCACCUGUACCGCGAAAAGUCCUCCAAGAUCGUACCAUUUACCUCGCACGACCACUUGGUAUCUCUUAUGGGACGCCCGUUCUCUGUGAUUUAGGCGAGGCUCGAUUAGGGACCGACCAGCAACAGGGUGACAUCAUGCCAGAUAUCUAUCGGGCACCAGAGGUCAUCCUGGACAUGAGUUGGGACAGCAAAGUGGAUAUCUGGAAUGUUGGGAUGGUGAUCUGGGACCUGUUUGAGCAUCGCCACCUUUUCAAGGCGCGGAAUUCCGCACGCAAAUUGGAUGAUGGAUAUCAUCUCGCUGAGAUGCAAGCGGUUCUAGGGAGUCCUCCAGUUGAGUUCCUCGCUCGCAGCGAAAAGAGCACCUUGUUCUGGGAUAAUGACCGAUUGUUGACUUCUGCUACAGGUAAUUGGAAGCAUGCCGUUCCAAUUCCGGAUUAUACUAUUCACACGCUAGAAGAAAGGCUCGAAGGCGAUGAAAAGGAAGACUUUUUACGUUUUCUUCGACGAAUGUUAUGUUGGCUUCCAGAAGAAAGAGCCUCUGCAAAAGAUCUUCUAUUUGACCCUUGGUUAAUGCAUGGUCUCUUCAAGUGA